AUGGGUGCUGAGCCCUGCUGCCGCCAGGUCAUGGUGCGGCUCCGCUCAUCCUGCGCCAACCUGAGCAAGGAGGAUGAGGAGGAAGAGGAGGAAGGAGCCAACUUGUUCAACUGCCAGGCCAGUGCUGAGGGUCACCAGACAUACCCCUGCACCCCCGACACGGAGGAGCUGGGGAAGCGGCUGAAACUGGAGACCUGCGACUGCCACAACCUUCAGCAACUGGUGCUGGCUGAGACCCUCACCGCCGUCGAGCAGCACCGGGUGGCCCAGCUCAUGGAGGACAUCGCCCAGCAGAUGGGGAAUGACCUGACCCUUCUCCUGGCCCAGCAGCAGCGGAUGGAGGAGGUGAUGGAGAAGCUGCAGCAGGUCAACCAGAGCCUUGGGUUGGUGUUGACUGCUGUGGAGGGUGCACGGAGCCAGCUGGAAAACCAUCUGCAGCACCUCCAUACUGUCCUCGACCCACCCGGUCAGAGCCCAAGUGCCAUCUCCACCUCCAUCCUACACGGCUCCUACUUGGUGUUGCUGGCUGCGUUGCUGAUGCUCACGCCACCUCAUGCCAUCCUGCUCCUCUUCCUCUUCUUCCUCACCUCCAGCACCCUCAGCAUCCCAGCACUCUCCGUUCUCCUGGUCUUCACCGUGGCAGGACAGUGGCUGGUGGCGGCUGCCCGCCGCGGUGCUGGGGGAGCCUGGCUGGUCCUUCCCCAAGAGAAGCCCCACCACCAGCUCACCUCCACCCCAGACAGGGAGUGCAAAAUUGAGCUGUUGCAGGAGGAACUGGACGGGAUGGAGAUGAGCUGCCUGCAAGAGCCCUCGCGCCUGGAGCAGCCCCCGGCGAUGGCAGGGGACACCCCUUGCGUAGCAGGGCGGGUGUCACCCGUCCCCAGCGGCUGGAGGACAAAGCUGAGCUCGUGUGGGGGGCCAAGGGACAUCUCCUGCAGGACAGGAGGGUCACCGGGGCCAGAGGGUACCCUGCCGAACCGCUUCUUCCCCAGCCAAGCGAUGCUGGAGUCUGCCACGGGUGCUGGGAAGCGCUGGGAGCCCAAACCCUGCAGCCCGAGCCAGUCUCUGGCCAACGACGUGUCCUUGCUGUCCCCACGGUCCCCGUGCCAGGGGCUCACCAGGGCCGGGCAGCGAUGCCGGAAGAAAGCCAUCCCCGGCCAGGAAUUCUGCCACAUCCACGCCACCGGUCAAGCCUCAGGCAGCCACUUGGCCACGGACUUGUCACCCCAUGUCUGACUCCCCACCCCCUCCCCGAGGGCUUUUGAAACCCCUUUUUUUUUUUUUUGGCUCUUCCAGAUCCUGGUGGAGAACACAGGGCGGUGCCCAGGACCCUAAGGGUGCCAUUUGUCGUGGGUACGGGACCAUGCUGCGCGGCAGACGCUCUUCACCCCACCGUUUUUAUGCUAUUUGCAUCUGUUUUAAUAAAUGCCAUAUUUACAGCUGGA